CUUUUCGCUAUGCCUGAAACUAGGAUGAACGUUGGGUUUCAGUUUCAGAGGUAGGCAGCGCCAUCUAUUCAUAUAAAACAAGCAGUGCUUUGCUCUCUUGGCCCCACUUCUGGUCGAGAGAAACUAGAAGGCAAGUUACAGUACCACCAUCACAAUGGCAGAUUUGGCAGCUAGAGACGUUGAAAGGGCAACCUUCGUAUUUUCCAUCUACGACUUCGAUGGCAGCGGUGUUAUCGAUGCCGUCAAUGUUGGAGACAUGCUCCGCGCCCUCAACUUGAACCCCACCUUGGCAGCCAUAGAAAAAUUGGGCGGCACCAAAAAGAAGAACGAAAAAAAAUUGAAGUUGGACGAGUUCUUGCCCAUUUUCAGCCAAUGCAAAAAAGACAAAGAACAAGGUACAUUCGAAGAUUUCAUUGAAUGUCUGAAAUUGUACGACAAAGAUGAAAACGGCAAAAUGAUGGCCGCUGAACUUUCCCACACCCUUCUCUCCCUUGGUGAAAGGUUAGAAAACGGUGAAGCUGAUGAAGUUUUAACCGACUGCAUGGACAAAGAAGAUGAUGAUGGCUUCAUCCCUUACGGACCAUUCCUCAAAAAAAUGAUGGCGUAAGAAGUUAAUUUUAGAUUUUUAUUUUUAAUUACCUGAGCUGUGCUGCUUAUUGAAACUAAUGGCUAAAAAUUCCAACAAAAAAAAUUGGCAGCAGCAACAUUCACCACCAGAAGUCAACUAUUGAAGCCAAGCCGUUGAAUAUUCAAAUUCAAAUAUAUCCAAAAAACGCUGUCGA